AUGGGUCGGUUGUCACCUCUUGGGUGUGUUCUAUUUGCUGUUCUGAUUAAUGCUGAGAGCAACGCGACAUCCACCAUCUCGUUUGCUCUGCCUUCAGGCUACACGGCUUCAAAGUUCAACGCAUCUGCGCAGCCCACUGCCUACACACGGACCGAUUUCUCUCCUAAUGCACUCGCAUCGUUGUGGGACUUGGUAGGUCCCAUAGCCACUGGCCCUGUCACAACAACUGUUAUGCCUACCCCGGAGCCCACUGCCUACCCGCAACCGGACCCUCAAUACUAUCACGCCUUCGUUGGUAGCGGUUACCCAGAAGCACAGGGCUUGAAGCUUCCGGCGAACUUUCAAUGGGGCUUCAGCUCUUCGGCGUACCAAAUUGAGGGUGCGGCCAAGGACGAAGGCAAAGGGCCUAGCAUCUGGGAUUUAUUAGCACACAGAGUACCCAACUACGUGGCAGACAACACGACUGGUGAUGUUGUUGCUCAACAUUACUAUCUGUACAAGCAAGACUUUGCUAGGCUGGCAAGCUUGGGUGUCAAAUCGUUCAGUCCCAGUUUCUCGUGGCCACGCUUCUUCCCAUUUGGUCAUGGCCCGGUCAACGAAGAAGCUGUUGCGCACUACGAUGAUGUUAUUUCAUCCAUACAUGCGAACGGACUCCAUCCGGCUGUUACACUCUUUCACUGGGACACGCCACUAGCAAUUUUCAACGAGUACGGGGCGUGGACUGACCGGCGCGUUGUCGAUGACUUCUUCAACUACGCCAAGUUUGUCAUCACGCGGUACGAUGCCUACGUCGAUGAAUGGUUUACAAUCAAUGAGCCACAGUACUGCAACUGGCAAUAUGCGGGCUACCCGGCAGGUAAGUACUACGCAGCACCCAAUGGCGUCACAGGUGGUGUCGAAGCACGCUUCUUGUGUGGCCACUACACUCUGCUUGCACACGCCAAGGUAGCGAAAUGGUACCACGAGGAGUUCAAAGGACGCGGACGCAUCACCUUCAAGAACAGCGGAAACUACUACGAAGCCAACAGCACAAAGCCCGAGGACGAAGUGGCGCGACAGCGAAACUUUGACUUUAGCAUUGGCUGGUUCGGUGGGCCAUGGACAGACGGAGAUUACCCCCAGUCGCUCAAAGACACACUGGGAGACCUGCUACCAGAAUUUACGCAAGAAGAAAAGGACAUGAUCAAGGGAUCGUGUGACUUUUACGCCAUCGACCCCUAUUCGAGUUUCAUGGCCUUUGAAGUUGGUGGUGGCCUGGAAGCAUGCACCAGCAACCGUUCACACCCAGGCUUCCCAGACUGCGCUGGCUCAGCAAGCGUAGCUCCAAACGGGUUCCCUAUCGGGCCUGCAGCGGACCCCGCGAUGUCGUGGUUCUACUCUGCUCCAGCGGGUGUGCGUCGCUUCCUCAAACACAUCACCCAAGUGCUCUUUCCCUCGAUCCCGGACAUAGUCGUCAGUGAAUUUGGCUUCGCCGAGCCUUUCGAAGCGCAAUGGCAGAAUUUGAACUCUGCACUUUGGGAUCUCAAACGCGCGGAUUACUUCCAACAGUACCUCGAUAACAUAUUACUGGCCAUUCAUGAGGAUAAGGUCAACGUCUCAGGUGCGUUCGGAUGGGCAUUAUACGAUAACUACGAAUGGGCCCUGGGCACGUCUGUGAGGUUUGGAGUGCAUUAUAUUGUGACUGCGCCAGGCCACCUCUCACACGUCGUGGCUGCCACUUGGCGCCUGAAGGUUCCGGCAAGGUUCACGCAUCCGGUGCACCUACCCGCUGCCACCAAACUCGUACCCGCGUCAACUGCGGGUAACCAGGUCCAAACGUCGUCCUGGCAGACGAAACCGCCCCAAACCCUCCCUCCCCCAAUCGCCGCCGACUACCCAGCCAUUCCGAACUCCCCCACUUCUCCUUCCCGAGUACUCUCUGCCCACUUGAAUAUCCCCGAACCCACGCCUCGGCUCUCCGACUACCCAUCCGCCGCCACUACCACGCCGUCCGAACACGCUCUAGCCGGAAAGCGCAGGCAUAGCUCCUCGACCACCGACGGAGAAGACGAAGAGGACCCUCUAGCGCGCGGCAAUAGAGGCAGACAACCCCACCGCAUCUCCAAGCGCAGGCGCACACAAGACGGGACAAUGCGCCUUGACAACGAUAGCUCCAAAUCAUCACAAUCGCCCUCGAGGAACUUCACAAACGGAUCAUCACAGUCAGCGGGGCCCAGGUCACCGCUGGGCAAGAACGCGAACGGGAGUGCGCACAGCAGGAACGAGAGUAAUGGCUCCUACACGAAUGGUGGUCCGGUAGCCAAUGGGCAUUCAAUGCCCACCACCUUCUUUAGGCACGAUAGGGAAGAAGUGACGCGGAUACUGAUACAGAGUCUGACGGAUCUGGGCUACCACAGCGCAGCCGGCGCGCUGUGCAAGGAGAGCGGCUUCCAGCUCGAAGGGCCGACCGUCGCCGCGUUCCGGAGCUCGGUAUUGAAUGGCGAUUGGGAAGAGGCGGAAGAGUUGCUAUUUGGUUCGACUUCAUACGACAACAUAGGGGGUGUGGGUCUGAAUGCCUCUUACGGAAAAUCAUGGGGGAAGUCAGGGUCACGGCCAAGCUCGCGACAUUCGCCAGGCCUAACAUUGGCCGAGGGUGCGAAUCGGGAGAUGAUGCUGUUUUGGUUGAAGCAGCAAAAAUAUCUUGAACUGCUUGAACGGAGAGACCUUAGCAAAGCUCUUGCCGUCCUUCGACAAGAGCUGACCCCGCUCAACCAAGAUGUGAGCAAGCUACAUGCACUCUCAGCUCUCAUCAUGUGCCAAUCGGCCGAGGACCUUAGGCAACAGGCGCAAUGGGAUGGCGCGAAUGGCGAGUCGCGAAUGCAUCUAUUAUCAGAUCUUUCCAAAUCCAUUUCACCAAGUAUCAUGAUUCCCGAGCAUCGAUUAUCUGUACUACUGGACGAGGUCAAAGAAGGCUGGGUCGCGAACUGCUUAUACCACAACACAGCUGCAUCGCCCUCUCUCUAUCUUGACCACAAUUGCGAAAGAGACGAUUUUCCAACAAAAGCUGUGCUCGAUCUCAGACAUCACCAGGACGAGGUGUGGUUUCUACAGUACUCAAACGACGGCACAAAGCUAGCAUCGACAAGUAAAGACACGACAAUCAUGAUCUACGAGACAAAUGCGUACAAGGUGCUACACCAACUGAAUGAACACCGGGAUUCAGGUGUGACACAUUUAGCAUGGAGCCCGGACGAUACCAAGAUUGUAACAUGUUGUUCACAACCAGAGAACUCUGCGCGGAUAUGGGACGUCAAGACUGGGCAAUGCAUACAAUGUAUCAGCGACUUUACCUAUCCAUGCACAACAGCAGCUUGGGACCCCUCUGGUACACGCGUCAUCAUCGGGUCACAGGACGACACAAUGGGCUGCGGCAUCUGGGACCUUGACGGCCAACUCAAACACAAAUUUUGCAACGACAGCGGGAAACUCCGCGCUAAUGACCUGGCAGUAUCGCCCGACGGCCAACGACUCGUCGUCACUACCGAGACCUCUAUUGUCGUGUUCGACUUUGUUAGCUACGAGAAGAUUCAAGAGUUCCAACUGGAAGAUGUCAAGUUGACGAGCGUCUCCAUCAGCCAGGAUUCGCGGCAUAUGCUCGUCAGCAUGAGUCCAGAUCAGAUCAAGCUCAUGGAAAUUGACACUGGUGACGUGAUCCAGCGAUUCGAAGGACACAUCCAGAAGCAAUUCAUCAUUCGAUCAGCAUUUGGUGGCGCAGACGAGAACUUUGUCGUCAGCGGUAGCGAAGACUCAAGGAUCUACAUAUGGCGCUCUAACGGAUUGCUCAUUGAAGCCCUCGACGCACACCCCGGCUGCGUAAACAGCGUAGCAUGGCAUCCCAAAGACCCCGCAACCUUUGCCUCUGCAGGUGACGACAUGCGCGUCAAGAUCUGGAAACCAGCCUCUGCAUCACCCAUGCCAUCUGGUAGCGGGACAACAAGCAACGGCUACGGCCGCCCAGGCCAAUGA